ACAAAAGUGAUGGUUCUCAGAAUUUCGAAGAAGGACAAGAGACUUGGGCCCAAAAUACUCCCCGAGCUGCUGCCAACGUUGCUACUCCUCCCGCAGGAAAAUUUCCGAUGCUUAACGGAACUAAUGUACAUUUCGAAUCGCCAAAGGUGCCUGUUAUAUUCGUUUUGGGUGGUCCAGGAAGCGGUAAGGUGACCCAUUGUGAUAACCUAAUGCAGGAGAAAAAGGGGGUUACCCAUAUCAACAUGACUGACCUUCUGCAGCAGUAUGCAAUAGGAAAUGACAUGCCAGAUUUUGGUCUUCUUUCCAGCAAGACUGUCACCGAAGUCCUCAUGUUAGAAAUGAAGAUGGCCCCUAAUGCUAAAACCUACCUUAUAUCCGGAUAUCCACGAAAUAUGCGUGACGUUGUAGAAUACUCAGAAAAGAUUCAGACUGUUCAAGGUGUUAUCCUGAUAUCAUGGAGACAAAAAGUUUUAGAACGACAAAUAGACUAUGGUGCCAAAUUAGGUCAAGUUGUUUUAUCCUUAGCUCGUAUGGAACUCAAUAAUUUCUAUCGAAAUGUUUUACCUGUGGCCGAGUACUUCGACCAAAGCAAUAUGUUGAUAUCGAUAAAUGGUGAACGGGUACCAGCAGACGUUUAUCAAGACUUUAGAGAUGCGGUUAUCCGAAUUCUAGGAAUGCAAGAUAAUCCGCCAGUAUUCGCUAAUGGAAAAGUUGCCCCCGUUCCUGACGAUGUAGUUUCGACUGAACUUCCACUUGUGCCUGUUGCAUCAACAACUCAAAUGACGACCAUUCCUCACGCAGAACGGCUCCAACAAUCUCCAGAUCGGCCAAAAACCAGAGUAAUAUCAGUGAACCCAAGCACCCCCAACUUUAGAUCUCCGACCAAAGCAUACCCUUCAGUAUUAUGGGUGAUAGGAGGACCAGGAAGCAACAAAGCAGCUUUGUGCACAAGCGUAGCAAACGAGACUGGUUGGCAGCAUGUUAGUCUGGGUAAGAUCUUAAGAACUUUGGCUGAUCAACCUGAUGCAAAGAAGAAUAAGGAAGUUGCUAAGUUAAGGGAAUGCAUUAGUAACGGUGAGCUGGUGCCGCAAGAGUUUAUUAUGAGGGAAGUGGAGAAGGUGAUGGCAGAUAAUAUGGAGAAGGACGGUUUGAUUCUGGAUGGUUAUCCGAGGGAUAUGGCACAAGUUGCGGAAUUUGAAGCUAGGUACAAACAAAAACCGUCAGUUAUUCUACUAGAUUGCUCAAAACUACAAUUAGGAAGAGGACGCUUGGACGAUAGCGUGACCGCAUUUAGAAGGAGGUUAGAAAUUUUUCGCCAAUCCUCUUUGCCAAUGUUGAGAGCUAUGGAUAGCAUAGGAAGACUAACAAUCGUUGAUGGCGAUACAGAUACUCCCUCAGUACAAGCAGACUUUAGAAACGUCGUCAAAGAACACAUCGAGUACCUGAAAUCCCAGUCUCAAGAAACAGCUAUGGCUGCCCAAAACGGCUAUGCAAAUGGACAUAUACCCAACGGCCACGCCAUAUCCAACGGUCAUAUCCCGCAAGACACUCAAGUUCAAGACCUCGAAGACGAACCCAUAGACACUAUCAGUAAACAAGUGAGUAAUGGUGUAAACCAUAUGGCAAAUGGCAGUGUAAAGACACAUGCGAAUGGUUUUAUUAGUAACGGGUUGCCUGCCUACAACCAUGCACACGAAAUAGAAGGACAUAUUUAA